AUGCUGGGCAGCUCCUCCAAGGCGACGCAGCACCUUUUGAGGGCGGCCGAGCAGGAGGUGGUGAAUGCUCAACGGGAAAACUUCGAGCGCUUGCACCCGGCAGCGAGCAUAUUCGCCAGCCAGCGUGACCGGCGUGCCUCCAGCGCCCUCUCCGACUCCUCCCUCGGCAUCCUCGGCGCGCGCUAUACGCCGCCCCCCCUCUCAGUCCCCGCAAACCACACCGGCGCCAAGGUGCAGGGUAGCAGGGCACGCGUGGAUCGACUGACGGGGCCCCCGUUUUGUGGGGCGGCCGUGCACGGGGAGCGCUCUGUCUUGGCUGAAGCUCGGCAGGUGCAGGAGGCCGUGACGUGGCUGCGUGAGUGCCCCAGUCGCACCUUGCAGCAGCUUCAGCAGCGCGUCCUGUGCACGGCAGAGGUCCUUUUCACCCAGUUGGUCGGCAUGCCCGUGGCCGCGCGUCAAGUGUUGGAGCACAUCGCCGCUGCAUGCCAGCCGGCAGCAGCAAAGAAGAAGACCAGCACUGGCGGCGGCGACGGCGACGAGGACGACGACGAGGACGCGUUGGGGCCGCAGUACGUGCUGCCGCCACAGCCUCUCACGUUCUCCGACUUCGUGAGCAACUUCCUGCUCGACAGUCCGGCUGGUGCCUCUUCGACGUCGCGUGCGCUGCCAUUCAACCUUGUGCUCCUCAGCGGGCGUCCGCAGCCGGUGGCGCCGCUAACGUCGCUGCACCUUGUUUACGGCCUUCACGUUAUCGAGGAGGUGCUGCGGCGGCCGGGUCUCUCGACAUCCGCGCCAGAGUCGGCCCUGUCACCAACGGUGGCAGCGGGGCUGGAGGACCAUCAAGCCCUCCUUUCGGAGGUGGUGCACUGGUCCGCCUUCUUCGAGUCGGUCUUCGACAAAGCAAGGGAGUCGCUCUGCAGGGACCCACUGAACCUCUACGCAGCGGUGCUGCUGGCCUGUGCGGAGCGCGGCGCCUGGGAGCUGCGCAACACGGCCGACGCCCUCGCUGAGGAGGCGGUUCGGAUGCUGAAGCUCAGCGACGCUGCCAGCGGGCGUCGCCCUAACGUGUGCGUAGCGUGCCGUACGGAGGCGGCGCACCUCGCCGUCAGCUGCCGAAGCUAUGUGAAGCACACCCUGCGCACCGUCGCAACUCCUCAGCAUGCAGCCAGCUACAGCCACAGCCUCAGCGGCAGCAGUGCCAAGGGUAGCAAGAGCUCAGCCUCGAGUCGCGGCACUGCGCCCGUCACACGGUUCUUCUUAGCCACGCCUGCAGUGGUGUGGUGGGCUGCCGCCUUCCUGCGGCUGUAUCGACUGCACACGCCGGUUUCGGCGCCGCGUCGAGCGCCGGCCGUGAAGGGGGUGAGCAGCACCUCGACGAAUCUGUUCGGCGAUGACGCGCAGAAGGAGGCUGCCGCAGCGCCGGCAGCCGUCGAUGUGGUGAGCAGUGCGGAGGCGUACUUCAUUCGCGACUGGAUAGCUCAGGCUGCCAGGAUGGACAGAGAAGGGUUCAUUGAGCAGGAGGACGCCGGCUGCCUCUGCAUCCCACUCAGUUGCGCCACCCACGCCCCCGUCGCGGUACUCGGCUUCACGCAGGAGAGCGUGCAGGCUGCGCUGGAUCGCAUGACGGCGUGGGUGGACGCUGGCGUCCUGGCCAACACGCCACUGCGCGUUGAUGAGCUGCUCGCAGCACUGCAGGACGAGUACGCUGUUCUUCCGUACUACCUCAGCUACUUCGCCGGCGUAUGA